GAUCAAUUGAGCUUGUUAAUAUGCGACGAAUCCCGUGACUAACGGGAAAAGGCUGGACGCCCACUCCUUGCAGCGUGAGGAAGUUGGCUGCGGCACCUGUACGUCUCGUCGUAGGACAGAAACAUAGACAUGGCCCAAAACAAGGGGUGCAGUGGGUCUCUCUGUCAAUGUUUUUUCGAAUACGGAACUCCCAAAAUACUUGUAAUCAGGAGCAGAAAAGUGGGCACAAUCAACAGGCUGAUUCAGGCUGUCAUCAUUGCCUACGUCAUCGGGUAUGUCUGUGUGCUGAAGAGGGGUUACCAGGACACUGACACUGUCCUCAGCUCUGUCACCACCAAGGUGAAGGGCAUCGCUCUGACCAAUUCCUCUGACCUUGGCCUACGCGUCUGGGAUGUUGCGGAUUAUGUCAUCCCACCUCAGGAGGAGAAUUCAUUUUUUGUGUUGACAAACCUGAUCAUCACGCCGAACCAAACACAGACGCAGUGUCCAGAGGUCCCCAGUCCAUCCUCUCUGUGCACCUCAGACAGUGACUGCAUUGAGGGCUUUAAAGAUGCGCGCGGAAACGGUGUGCGCACAGGGAAGUGUGUGAAAUAUUCUGAUACGGUAAAGACGUGUGAGGUUCUGGCCUGGUGCCCUCUGGAAAUCGACCGAGAACCACCAGAGCCUCCCAUGUUGGCGGAUGCAGAAAAUUUCACUGUGCUAAUCAAAAACAACAUUCGAUACCCUAAAUUCAACUUCAACAAGAGGAAUAUUCUACCCCACAUUAACAAGACCUACCUGACACAGUGCAUCUAUAAUGCCACCACAGACCCAGACUGCCCUAUUUUCAAGCUCAAAGACAUCGUGGAGGGGGCCAAGGAGGACUUCCAAACCAUGGCAGUGCAUGGGGGGGUGAUGGGUAUUCAGAUUCGCUGGGACUGUGACCUGGAUAUGAGUACGAGCUGGUGUGUGCCGAAGUACUCCUUCCGCAGGCUGGACAACAAAGACCCUGAAAACACUGUCGCCCCAGGAUACAACUUCAGGUUCGCAAAAUAUUACAAAUUUGGCAACGAUGUGGAGACGAGGACAUUGAUCAAAGGGUUCGGGAUCCGCUUUGAUGUAAUGGUCUUUGGCAAGGCGGGGAAAUUCAGCAUUGUACCAAUGCUGCUGAAUAUUGGUGCUGGGCUUGCUCUGCUUGGACUGGUGACUGUUGUCUGUGAUUGGAUUGUCCUCACCUUCAUGACAAAGAGAAACCAGUACAAAGUAGAGAAAUUCUCAUACAUGGAUGAUUUUAACUUGCUUUCUGAAGAGUAAGGACCCCAGCAAUACAUCACAUUUCAUAGAGGUGUCAACACAGAGGAGGACAAAGGACAAGGUGGGAAGGAAGGAAGGAAGAGAUCUAUGCUGGACAGUUAAAUCUGAACCUCCAACCUUACGCCACCCUCUCUCCCCCCCGAGCCUCUAAAGCCAUACUCCAACUGCACUGAAACCUUAAAACCUCUGAAUCCUGGCAAAAUUUGAACAUUUUGUUUUUCCCUGAAGCUGAAAAAUUUCCUCAGAUUAUUGAGCUACAGA